UCCCAUAUUAUAAGUCUAUGAAUAUGUAUGGCAUAAGUCUAGUGAUUUAAGAACGAUGGACAUCAAGAAUUAUACCAGGUGGAGCAAUAGGUUCAUCGGGCAGUUUGAUGUAACUAACGGAUGGUGAUGGUCUGUAGUUUUUCGUCGAACUUCAGCCUAGGUUGGCGUAUUUGAUUCGUUGUAAAAUCGUCACGAAAUAGAGAGGUCAGAUAAAAAUGGGUUCUCGUAGCAAGGCCGCUUCCGCAGCUGCGAUGAAGAAGGCUCCGCCCGCCAAAGCUCCACCCAAAGCUGCGGGAGCGAAAGCGAAGGCGAACGCCAACCAGCACGCUUCGAGUGGUGCGAGCUCCUCUGCUACUGCUGCGAGUAAAGCUAAACGAGCACCCUCAACUGCUAGAAGUAGACCGCCACCAAAAAAUGCAGGAAUAGGAGGGAGUAAAAGUAGCAAUGCAGGAGCUUCGUCCUCUGCAAAUAGCAAAAUAAGUGAUAAGGGUGAGGCUUCAAAUCCAACGCCAGUCGUAUUAACCGAUCAUUCAGCCUCACCGGCGUCAUCAAAAGGAGGCAGCAAAAACAAUAAAGCGAAUGCGAAAGAGUCCAAGGUCGCUCCGAAGGUAGCUAAAGCUGGCGCUACAGUUGCCGCUCCUCACGCUCCCUCAGUUGUAGCAACUAAGACCACAGCAUCAAACGCUGGCACGACGAGUAAUAAGCGUGCGCCAUCUCGUGCGCCAUCUCGGUCACGGGGAGGUGCUGGCGGUGCGUCGAGUGCUUCUAGUAGAGCGGCAAAGAAACAGAAACAGAGCGAACAAGAAGACGAAAGGAAAACUGAAUUUGAUACUACGUCAAAGAACAAACAGAAGCACAAGCACGCGGAAGAAGAUGAAAAGAAGGCAGAAGCUGACGUCGAUAGUGAGAAGGCGAAAACUGACGUCGACAGUAAGAAGGCAAAAACUGAUACUAAUAGUAAGAAGACUGCAUCUGUAUAUGCAAUGGAGAUGGAGAAGGCAAAAACUGACGUCGAUAGCAAGAAGACUGCAUCUGUAUAUGCAAUGGAUAAGGUAUUGGAGGAUGCUAGAGCCCUUGAAGUGAAGGUCCUUGCAGCUGAAGAAAAGGACAAGGUAAGCGUCACUUCUGAGGUGGUGAAGGCCGAAGAUAUUGCGCUGAUCGCUUUUGAGAAACAAGCUGCUGGUGCUGACACGACGAGCACAAAACAAAAAGUUCUUGACAUCGGCGCCGACAAGGGGAACAAGAGUAAGCUAGAUGAGGAGGACCAAGACCUUAAGGUUGCAAUUUCUGGCGAACAUCAAGAAAAGCUGUUUCCACCUGAGGCAGAAGAAGCCGAUGAUAUUGAAGAGAUCAAGGUCCCUACAACAACUGACGUUUUCAAUCAUGAUGUUGAGCUGCAUCAAACAAGAAUCGAUGUGGAGAGGCAGAACAAAAGACGAGAAGAUCGCGGAGGUGUUGGUAGUAUCGAUGUCGAGGUAGAGGUGGAAGCAAUUGAAUCUCUGACGAAAGGCGUAAGUGCAUCGGCAGCUUCCUCCUCUUCCCCUGCGACUUCAUUUCCAGCAACAGGAGCACGACCAAUCCCCCGGACGACGACCACUACAACGACCGCACAAAAACAACCCAGCACUGGAGAAGUCCCCACGACCACAACUGGUCUUACUGAAGUCCCCGAGACCUUGCGGGAGGAUAUUUCAGAACUCGUGUUAAGGCUUCCCCUAAUCCAUCUCCGGAAGCAUCUUGGAGACGUUUCUUUUCCUCAAGGGGAAAACGGACCCAGGAUGCUCCUCGGGAUGGAUAAGGGUGAGUUCUAACCGUGCGCAUGUUUGAUUACUCCUGUAGGCGAUUGGAGGAGGAGAAAUCCGUAACAUUGUCGAAGGAAAAUAUUGCGCGUGCGGCUGAUAUCAUCCAGCAGUUGCAGAACUAUUCUGUUACGGAAUAAUGUUAAAGAGUACUAUCAAUAAGGGUACUCUGUAAUGACGAUUUCAAAUAGUACUAUCAUUAUCAAAUCUAUGAGAAAUAGAAAUAGAGCAGUCAGUAACAGAAAGAGUAUGACUCCUCUGGUUAUAAUUACUUUUUUGUUUCUUAAAAACCAAGGUAGUUGUUCCAUCACUUACAGACGGUCUAAAACAUACCGAUUGUUUCCUAACUACGACUAGAAACGAUAACUACGAAGAACUUCAACCUUCCACUCCCUCUUCUAACUCCCAAGACUCCGCCAAAGGUGCUGUGAUGCCAGAAGCUGCUCUGAGGGUUUUUCAGAAAAUGAAGAGUCUCAAUUUUUUUUGGUCUGCCGCGAGGAACGCCUUACACCAUGAAGAGAAGGUGCAAAACCGCAAUGGGUUUGCCCAUCAUGAAUUUUUAGAGAUCUUUCAGGGGAAGAAGAAACCAUGAUCGUGAUGAAUGCUGGCAUAUUUCAUGAUGGUGAACCAUGAAGAUGAAGGUUGAUAUUUAUAAGUAAUUCAUUGAAUAAAGACCUUCAAUAUUUAUACCAUGAUGGUGAACCAUGAUGAACAAUACUGACAUUUUUCACCUUGAAUGUAGAAGGACCGUGAUGACCUUGAUACAAUGUUGGUCCUCGCGGUGUCUUAAAAACGUCUCCAUUCCUGUUAAACAAAGAUCCUUUCCAAAGACACUGGAGGUGUUUUACUUGAUCAU